AUGGAACACUCUGUCACUCUUCUUUCUUCAUCUCUGGGUCAGGGCGAGGCGAACAGGGUCGGCCAUCAGUCCAACCACGUCGACGGCGAUGCCGACGCCGAGGUCAAGGCCAAUAAGCAGCGCAGGAAGCUCCAAAACCGGAAGAACCAAAGAGCACACCGACUGCGGAUCAAGGAGCAAGUCCCGGGGUCUUCUCAGACGUCGCGGCCGUUCCAUGUCAGGCGCUGGCGCCUCGACGAACCCGAUGAUUGUUCCUCCCGGGCCGCCUUGCCAGCCUCAAAAGGCGCGUCAGCGUUCACAACCGAACGCGCCUGUGUCCUUCGAGGGCCACAGCCCGCCUCGACAGUCCAUUCCCAGAAGCCCCUAACCCCACCGUCCGUCAUCUUCCCCCUUUCAACCGAUCACCUCCUCCAUCUUGUCCAAUACAACGUCUUCCGCGCUUUCGUCUCAAACAAGCGCACCCUCAACACCCUUCUCACAGGAUGGACCGAUAAACCCUCCUCCCCAACUACCUGUCCCAUCAGCGGUCCUUACCGUGACGACACAUCCGUCUACCCCCUGAAUCCCAACAUCCCACCCUGCCUCGUCCCGACCCGCCUCCAGCAGACCCGCCUACACUCCCUGUACAUCAACCUGUUUCCUUUUCCCUGCUUCCGUGACAAUCUGAUAAGACGCGAAGGAAGCUUCGACCAAUGGGAGCUUCUACAAGACCUCAUCGGUGAGCUCAUGAGUAUGACGCCGGCUCGAGAGCGACAGGGCAUCCCUAUAGCCAUCACAGUCUCCGACCCCAAACCUAAGCCCAAAUCGACCAUGACCCUCACGACAGGACGUGACGAGGACGAGGUCACUGCGGGCCGCAAGGGACUCAUCGUUUGGGGCGAGCCACACGACAUCCGGAGCUGGGAGGCCACACCCGGCUUUCUUGAGAAGUGGUCUUGGGCAGUCGAGGGAUGCGACGAGUUAGUUGAGGCUAGUAAUCGUUGGAGACUGAAGAGGGGAGAGGAACCUAUGCGCCUCUCUGGAUCGAAAAGGUAG